GGGGCGCUGGAACGUCGCGGACCCGCCGUGGGUCCCUGCCCUGCCUGUCCCGGCCCAAGGUGGCACAGCAGGUGCUCGCAGCUGCGGGCGGUGGGCCGUAGCGAGGCCCAGCCCGCGGAUUGGAGCAGACAGAGAGGGCGGUCCUCUGGUUGGACCCGCCACCCCUCAUCCUGGGGCCUGGGGGUUACCCCUCGCCCCGGCCUCCUGCCGGUCACCACCACCCCUAGCCUCUCCGGCUAGCUCCGCGCCCCAGAGAGGAUUAACACCCACGGAGGCAGGGAGUUCCCUUUAUCCAAGGAGGUGGCUGCCAGCAUGGGUGGUGGGGGCCACAGGCUGGAACAAUCCUGAUGUCAGAAGUGACUGGGCAGGCUGACUGACCACAAGCAGUCUCUCAGCAGGGGCCGUCUCAGAGGCAGCAUGAACUCCAGGAUUCCGUCUGCUAGGGGCUGGUUCAGCAGCCGCCCACCCACCUUGGAGCCUGCCCUGGAGCCUGCCACAGAUGGGCCAGCCUCUGAGACCACCACCCUCAGCCCAGAAGCCACCAGCUUUAAUGACACCAGAAUCCCUAAUGUGGCUGGUGGCUCGGCCGGCGUGGGCACAAUGCUUCUGUCCUUUGGGAUCAUCACAGUGAUUGGCCUGGCUGUGGCCAUGGCACCUGCCCUGGAUCAAGCCUUUGGGACCACAGGAACUAGGGAGAGAAGCUCCUGCCCUGUGGUUCUCUCAGGGAGUGGGAGACAGGUUUUGUACAUCAGGAAGAAGAAGAGGCUUGAGAAGCUACGCCACCAGCUCAUGCCCAUGUACAACUUUGACCCCACGGAGGAACAAGAUGAACUGGAGCAGGAGCUGCUGGAAUACGGGCGGGACGCUGCCUCUGUGCAGGCUGCUGCCUCCGCGCAGGCCACACAGGGCAAGACCACUCUCCCCUCUCAAGGCCCACUGCAGAGGCCCAGCCGGCUGGUGUUCACUGACGUAGCCAAUGCCAUCCAUGCAUGAGUGGCCUGGGAACAGGCCUGGACCUCUGAUGAAGAUACCUGCCACAGUGCCCACAGAGCUGCCCACUCCGUGAUUGUUAAGACCUACUCUCAGGACCUGCAGUGCCAAGGCCCCAGCUGUUCCGAGGACCCACCUGCUGACUCUCCAGGCUAUAAGAGAGGCCCUUGGCCAGGCUGGGCAUGUGGCCAGUGAUGAUCCCUGAUCUGAGGGCCCUGGCAUGGAGGGCAUCCCUUAUGUCAGGGAGGUUGAGAGUCACUGCUGGCUUCUUUGUGUCCUGCCCAGACCCCUCACAUCAGGGUCUGCUCCUCUAAUGUAGAGGAAACGUGUGGAGAAAUUUGGAAUCUAGAGCCUCCUCUGGGAUGGGGAGAGGCAACCACCCAGGUCUUGGGGACAGGGUGUGGUGGCACCCUGGGAGAGGCCCAGGGAUGGAGCUAAAACUGCCCAGUGGGCAAGGAUGCCAGGAGGAGGGCUGCUUGUACCCAAGAUCCAUCCAUAUUCCAGAGGGCCCAUGAGGUCUCCCAGCCACCCCUCCCUGGCAGCCAGCUGUUAGCUGGACCCAAGCUAGGCUGGGAGCCGAGGGGGAAGAGGGGGAACUGGUGUGGAGGGAUGCAGUGCCCAGACCUGCAGAAAGGCCUCAUGCAUGUGCAUGAAUGUGCCCACUUGCCCGUGUGGGCCUGUCCCAGCACAGGGGCCAGGAUGGAGACCCUCUGCAUUGGCUUUACCCUCCGAAUCGACCCCCACCCCAUGGUAUGUGGAGGAGCAUCAGGGUAGCCACCUUUUCUGCCUUUGAUGUUCAGGGACUGAAAGGAGAAGGACGCAAAGGCAAGGCUUCUGCUGCCCACCACAUCUCUUCUCUGGGCUCUGAAAGCCAGGGAACCUGCUUCUGAAAACGGUUCCCUGUCCUGGUGUAUAUUGGAGAUCUGGGGUUGGGGGAGAAGCUAUUGGUCUGAGGGCAGUAGUCACAGGCUGUGGGCUAGCAGAGGAUGUUCUGACUACCUGAAACGGGGUGGGGAUGACCCCUUGGGAAACAGCUAAAAAGUCUAGUCUGUUUUUUGAUCACACAGCCCACCCACCCGUUGUCUACCCACGCCACGCCCCUCAGGAAUUCUACCAGUCUAGGGGAUCUGGGAAAGACAUUGGGCCAAGCCAGACCCCAAAAGCUGGGCACUUUUUCUAUGCUGGGCAUGCAUGCGCACAUGAGCAUGCACAGAAGCAUGCCCCUAUGCCCAGCCUCACCACCUUCUCGGUCCUCCGCUGGUUGGAGGGGACACGGGGGCGGCAUGUACAAAUCUUCUGUUGGGCAAAUACCACGUGUCAGGAUGUGAGGGCCUAGGAGGCCCACAUGGGGAAGAUUCUGGAUUUAUUCCCUCCUCUAGAUGCUAUAAAUAUGUUAGCACUUGAGCCAACUGGAGGGCUGUGGGUAAUUUAGAAUGCACAGAAGCUGUAAUUUAACUCACAGCAUCUCCAUGUGAAAGCAUUAAAGAUGUAAUUAAGA